AUGGCUUCACAUAUACUUGCAAACGUGGCUGCUAGGUCAAGCUUCUGGCCAUCCACCUCCUUGGCCGAAGCAACAUUCGCUCUGUCGCAACCCGUGGCAAUCUUUACUCGGGAUGAGAGCUACAAGGCCCAGCAACAACAAGGACUUGGCAUAGUCAGUUUCCUAACUGCUAUUGGAACGGCUGUGGCUAUCUUUGCGGCACAAUGUUCCUUGUUUGCAUUGUUACGGAAUAGGCUAGCGAGAAUAUUCAAGCCAAAGACUUACCUCGUUCCCGAGCGCGAGAGAACCGAGCCGCCGCCAGGAAACCUGGUAUCCAUGAUUCGAGCACUGAUUACGUACGACGAACGCGAGGUCAUUAAGAAAUGCGGCUUGGACGCCUAUUUUUUUCUUCGCUAUCUGAAAACGCUUCUCGUCAUCUUCGUACCAAUAUGCUUUGUCGUAUUGCCCAUUUUGAUACCCAUUAAUUACGUGGGUGGCUUGGGUCGUGAGAUCGAUAUCAGUGAUAGUGCCAGGAAUUCUUCCAAUAGCAAGACUGUUCCGACUGGCCUCGACACAUUGGCAUGGGGAAACGUCACUCCGCAGAAUACAGGCAGAUACACAGCUCAUCUUAUAAUGGCCAUUCUUGUGGUGAUAUGGGUCUGCACAGUCUUUUUCCUCGAGCUUCGCGUUUACAUCAAAAUCCGCCAAGAUUAUCUGGCCAGCCCCGAGCACCGUCUUCGAGCCUCUGCUACCACUGUUCUUGUCAGUGGCAUUCCGAAAAAAUGGCUGACUGAGGAAGCUUUAUUGGGCUUGUUUGACGUGUUGCCGGGAGGCAUUAGAAACCUUUGGCUCAACAGGGACCUGACCACCCUCCUUGACAAGAUCUCCCUCAGGGAUAAUGUUCACAAGCAACUGGAAUCUGCCGAGACAGAUCUCAUCAAAGCAGUCAAAAAGGCACAACUGAAGCAGAGAAAUGCGGAAGAAAAGAAGAGGCGUAGGAAGCUGAAUCUGAAGGCCUUGACUAGAAGAGAGAGAGCUGCUAGGGAUGCAGCGGAGGACGCCGAAGCCAAUCGGUUAGCUCGCACCGAGGAAGGCACGGGUGCUGGACACGACCAAGACGUCCCCCACACUGUUGAUGCGGGCAUUCGCGAGUCUCUGCUUCACGAUAAAGAGAAGACCUCCUCGCAGGAUACCACUAGGGCUCCCGAGGGCCACCACAACCCGCUGCAUCAUGUGGGGACUGGCCUGAAGGGAGUUGCUGGAAAGGCGGGACGAGGUGUCAAUGAUGCACUGGAUACGAGAAACGGGUUCAUGGAUAUGAGCUCUGCUAUGGAACAUGCCCACCAAAGAGUUCCUUCUCCGGUUCCGGCAGAGUCAUUGGAGGCUCCACGAACCAGCUCUCUGGACGGCUCAAUACUCACAUCCAGUUCGUCUAGAGCCAUAAAACCACCCCACGACGCUGGGCACCGCUACGGCAUGGAAAACUCUGUUCGCAAAGUUGACAACGUUGACGACUUAUACUUGAAUGAAAAGCCAAGGUUCUGGCAGUUCUGGAAACCGCCCCAGGGCGGGUUUGCAUAUCCAGUACCACAUGGCGCUUCAAAAUGCGCGUCUGCCACCGAGGAAUCUGGCUGGCAAUCUUUCAAACAUUCUCUUCCAUUCAUGGGCCCAAAGGAAGAACCAUUCAAGUACGAGGACGCUUACGAAUGCGAGUAUAAAUUAGACAUGGAGACAGAUGCCGAGUGGGCGAAAUAUAUCAAAAGACGUGACCGCCCAACUCAUCAUCUUCCUUUGUUUGGAUUAAAUUGGAUGUUUGGAAUGCCGCUUGUCACCAAAAAGGUGGACACGAUUUACUGGUGCCGUCAAGAGCUUGCUCGGCUGAACUUGGAAAUCGAGGAAGAUCAAAAGCAUCCCGAAAGAUUCCCACCGAUGGGUUCUGCCUUUAUUCAGUUCAAUCAUCAGAUUGCCGCGCACAUGGCAUGUCAAAGCAUUGCUCACCACCUACCAAAGCACAUGUCCCCACGAGCCAUUGAGAUUUCGCCUCGCGACGUUGUCUGGGAGAACAUGGCAAUCAAUUGGUGGCAGCAGUGGCUUCGCUCAAUCAUAGUUGUGACAAUUGUUGUCGCUAUGUUUGCAUUAUGGGCCAUUCCUGUGGCCUGGACUGCUGCCAUAGGUCAAGCUGAUGCUCUCAUCAGAUCUAAUGAAUGGCUGUCAAAGCUUGAACGGAAUAAAGAACUGGGAACUCUGGUCAAAGCAAUUGCUGGUGUAUUGCCCGCUACCAUCUUAUCGAUUUUACUCCUCUUGGCUGUGGUAAUUUUCGGUUUCUUGGCAGGCUUGAAGGGUGCAAAGACAGGGUCUCAGAAGACAGAGUUCGUACAGAUGUACUACUUUGCUUUCCUAUUCGUACAGGUCUUCCUCGUUGUUUCGAUUGCAUCAUUCUUUUUCAGGUCGCUUGGCGAGAUUGUCAACAGUGUCAAGGAGCUGUCCAGUGUCAACGCCGUCCUUAAUCUCCUGGCCCAGAAUUUGCCAUCCGCCGCCAUUUACUUCUUUUCUUACAUGGUCCUUCAGGCUCUGUCUACCAGUUCUGGCACCUUGUUGCAAGUUAUGACUUUGUUCAUGUGGUAUAUCAUGGCGCCGAUGAUGGACAGCACUGCCAGACAGAAGUGGGCACGGAAUACCUCGCUCAAUCAGGUCAACUGGGGCUCGUUCUUCCCCGUGUAUACCAAUUUCGCCUGUAUUGGUCUAAUAUACUGUAUAAUUGCGCCUCUCAUAUCCAUCUUUGCGGUCAUAACGUUUGGUCUGCUCUGGCUGGCUCAGAGAUAUGCCAUGCUCUAUGUCAACCGAUCGGACACUGACACUGGCGGAGUAUUAUAUCCUCGAGCAAUCAACCAAACAUUUACUGGUAUAUACUUUAUGGAGCUCUGCCUGGCUGGAUUGUUUUUCAUUGUUACCGACGAACAGCGCCGCAACGUAUGCACACCGCAUGGCGUUAUCAUGAUUGUCGUCUUCAUUCUCACAUUAUUGUAUCAAAUUACACUCAACAAAUCUUUCUCGCCUCUAUUCCGAUAUCUUCCACUUACGCUUGAGGACGAAGCUGUAAUUCGAGAUGAAGCAUUUCAACGAGCUCAAGAUAUUCGUCUUGGAUUGCUACAGGAGGAUGAAGAAAGGGGGCGGGCUAAUCACGGAGAGAAAGUAACACAGGUCCCGGAUACCGACGAGAAUAUUGAGCUCCAGAAUUUGGACUCGGGUCGGACAGAUGGCUUGAAUAGGCGUUUUAAGCCUGUCAAACAUGUUGGAAAUUGGGCUAAAGCCGGAGGCAAACAGGUUGGCACAUGGGCCGUGGGUGGUGGCAAUCAGCUUCGCAAGCUGAAGAACUUGACGGAUAACACUCAGGCUGCAAAAUACCGCCGAAACCAACGCAAGAAGGAUCUCGACGCAAAUAGGACCAUUGGUGAUGCUCUCUACGGUGGCAUCCCUGAUGACAUUGAGGAUUUGACUCCCGAAGAAAGAGAUGCUUUGACGCGACAUGCAUUUUUACACUAUGCUCUGCGAGCUCGGAGACCUACAGUCUGGAUACCACGAGAUGACUUGGGGGUGAGCGACGACGAAAUCCGGCGCACAAACGCUUUCAGCAAGCAUAUUUGGAUCAGUAACGAAGGAACAGCGCUUGACAGCAAAAGCGCGGAGGGUGACAGGGUCUGA